AUGUCUUCCUACGCAAUGGUCUUAUCUGGAGUUGAAUCUAGCCGCGGUAUUUCGACGGAGAAUGUCAUCGACGUCAACAAAAACAACAACAAGAUUUUGAAACACUUCUACCAACAUUGUCAAGAGAACAAGCCUGAAGCGUACUUCUACGACUUGACAGUUCCUCCGCUACGACUUUGUCAUCGCUCGCGCAACAGGAACAACAACAACAACACGGUUACACUUGACAGUCGGUGGUUGUAUUCGACGAGCAUCGAGGUUGCGCUUUCUUACGGUUUCAGUUGCGACACUUCGAGCGGGAGACGCGUUGCAGCGAGAGAUUCCCGCACGGGAGAGGAAGACUGGACGAAGCGGAAGAAGCAGAAUACGACGAGAGAGCAGAGUGAGCGGAAGAAGAGCGACAUUCAGAGCGAAGAGGAUCAAGGAAGAAGAGGAGAAGAGGAAGAAGAGAAAUAAGGAAGCGGGAAGGUGAAAGAAGAAAGCAGUGUCAACGUCCCGGAAGUAAAACAUCGAGGAGAUAAAAAAUAAUAAGAACAGAUAGGAAGAGAGAGAAUCGAAAGGAUAAAGAUCGGAAAGAGAAAAGAAUUGGAAGAAGUGGGUUUAGAAAUUCUGAAGGAAAAGCAAAGAGAAGAGAGAGAGAGAGAGAGAGAGAGAGGGAGAGAGAGAAAAGAAUAAAGAAAGCAAAAGCGAUCGACAGAGUUCGGAUCGAAACCCCGCCAUAC